UAAGGUGACAGGGAUACAACAUGGCGGCCGGAUCCUAACGCUCUCCGUCGUGGGACCACCGCGGAGGUCCUCGUUCGGGCCCCUGCCUCAGAGGAGUGGAAGCCAGGGGGUCACCCUUCCUGCCCCUUUCUUCUCCGUCCACUGUCCGCAAGGGGUUGUCGCCGGCUUCCGCAUCCAGGAUGAAGAACUAUAAAGCAGUUGGCAAAAUAGGAGAGGGAACGUUUUCUGAAGUUAUGAAGAUGCAGAGCCUGAGAGAUGGAAACUACUAUGCGUGUAAACAAAUGAAACAGCACUUUGAAAGUAUUGAGCAAGUGAAUAAUCUACGAGAGAUACAAGCACUGAGGCGCCUGAAUCCACACCCAAACAUUCUUACGUUGCAUGAAGUGGUUUUUGACAGAAAAUCUGGUUCUCUUGCACUAAUAUGUGAACUUAUGGACAUGAAUAUUUAUGAGCUAAUCCGAGGGAGAAGACACCCAUUAUCAGAAAAAAAAAUUAUGCGCUAUAUGUACCAGUUAUGUACAUCCCUUGAUCAUAUGCACAGAAAUGGAAUAUUUCACAGAGAUGUAAAACCAGAAAAUAUAUUAAUAAAGCAGGAUGUCCUGAAAUUAGGGGACUUUGGGUCCUGCCGGAGUGUCUAUUCCAAGCAGCCGUACACAGAAUAUAUCUCUACCCGCUGGUACCGGGCCCCAGAGUGUCUCCUCACCGAUGGGUUCUACACCUACAAAAUGGACCUGUGGAGUGCUGGCUGUGUGUUCUACGAGAUCACCAGUCUGCAGCCCCUCUUCCCUGGAGCCAAUGAGCUGGACCAGAUCUCAAAAAUCCAUGAGGUCAUUGGCACGCCUGCUGAGAAGACCCUCACCAAGUUCAAACAGUCGAGAGCUAUGAGUUUUGAUUUUCCUUUUAAAAAGGGAUCAGGAAUACCUCUACUGACAGCCACCGUGUCCCCACAGUGCCUCUCCCUCCUGCACGCAAUGGUGGCCUAUGAUCCCGAUGAGAGAAUCACUGCCCACCAGGCCCUGCAGCAUCCCUACUUCCACGAGCAGAGGGCAACUGAGAAGCAGUCUCUGACAAGCCACAGAAAGGCCUUCCUUCCAGAGCGCCCCGUGGCACCGCAACUACUCAGUAACAACUGGCAAAUUUCAAAGGAGGGCAGAAAGCAGUCCCACCAGGUUCACAGUUCUGGGCUGGCCCCGACUCUGGGUGAUAGUGCACCCUUCCAUCAUUUAUUUCGCAUUCAUCCCAGCCUUUGAGUGUCACCCCGUGCUCGGAGCUGUGGAUGCAACAAGGCAGCUUUGCAGAAAUCUGUACUCCUGUGUCCACCACCUGCUUGAUGGCUCCACUUGGAUCUUUAAAAGGCAAAAUGUUUGAACCCCAUCUCCUGAUCUUUCCCCCCAGACUUGCUUUUCUCCCCGCACCUUCCCUCCCAGAUGGAGGCAGCUCCCCUCCAGCUGCUCAGGCCCUAAACUGUGGGCAUCCUGCUCCUUUGGCCUUAGCCUCCCUCGUUUUGCCCCCUAAUUGCCGUCCCUGCUCGGCCUUCCCGCCCUCCGCAUCAGAUGCUUGUCUGACCGGCUCACUUCUGCUGGCACCCCACCAAAGGCCCCCCGCCAUCAGGGCCGAGGCCCACGCUGUCUGUAACCAGUUAGGCUUUGUGGUACAGAAAGUCUGUCACAAGCCACUCUUUUAACUGUG